UUGAAAUUAAAAUAGUUUAAUGAAUGACAAUCAUCAUUAUUAAUAAGAAUGGAAAAACUCGAGUAUUUUAGAAUUUUUUGUGGCUUUAUUUUUUACUUGGUCAAUAAAACCCACACGAAAUUUAAUUAUAGCAAGAUCACAAAAUGUUUAUCAGUUCAUUCAUAAUUGCCUCAUUUAUUACACAAACACAAAGUAAAACUCGCGACAAUACGCUUCAUUGACUAAUUGAAAUCGUCACGAUAUUCUCAUAAGCGAACUUUAACCAGUAUCAGUGUCUGAACCAUAUCUGUGGCAACGUAUCAUUAGUUUAACCAACAUCAGCCAUGCCACACGUAUCGUACCUAUUUGUCGCGUUAUGUAUAUCAAGUGGUAUUGGAUCGGAAGCGGCUAGAAUUCUGGCGUACUUCCCAACACCGUCGAUCAGCCAUCAAGUCGUCUUCAGGUCUUUGAUGCAAGAACUGGCAAAGCGAGGACAUGAAGUGACCGUUGUGACUACAGACCCAGUGUUCACGAAAACUCCAGCUCCUCCGAACCUAAAAGAAGUGGAUUUACACGACUUAUCCUAUGAAACAUGGAGGGAAGAAUUUAUACAGAGAUCCUCCGCGAACAAGGACGAUAUUGUGUCACAAAUGAAAGUGAUAUUCAAAUUGAUCAACGAUAUCAUGGAAAAGCAAUUGUUUAGUGCUGAAGUGAAGAAUGUGUUAGAUCUGAAGAAGAAUAAAUAUGAUUUGGUGAUAGUAGAAGCAUACGCACGACAGUUAAUGGUGCUGGCACACUUGUUUAAAACACCAUUGAUCCAGUUCAGUUCUUUUGGUGGAACUUUUGAUACUUUCUCAACUGUUGGUGCUCCUGUACAAGAAUUGCUGUAUCCUUCUAAUGUAAGACAGAAGCUUUACAACUUGACAACGUGGGACAAAGUAACGGAGUUGGCAAAAUUCUACCAGUUGAAAUAUUAUUAUGACACCCAACUUCUGGAAGAAGAGAACGCAAUGCUCAAAAGGGUAUUCGGUGAUGUCCCUUCUAUUAAAGAAUUGAGUAAUAAUGUGGAUCUGCUGUUUUUGAACAUACAUCCAAUUUGGGAGGGCUCCAGGCCCGUCCCACCGAAUGUCAUACAUAUUCAUGGAAUCCACGAAAAGUCUCAAAGGGAUCUGCCAAACGACCUGAAAACGUACCUAGACUCCUCAAAACAUGGAGUCAUCUACAUAAGCUUCGGGACCAACGUAAAACCAUCGCUGCUACCCCCUGAGAAGAUUAAAAUCAUGGUUAACGUCAUGUCCAAGUUGAAAUACGACGUUCUAUGGAAAUGGGACAAGGAUGAUAUGGAGGGCAAGUCUGAGAACAUCAAGCUGGCUAAAUGGCUGCCUCAAUCGGAUCUUCUGAGACAUCCAAACAUCAAGCUGUUCAUAACCCAAGGAGGUCUCCAGUCUACCGAUGAGGCCAUCAACGCUGGAGUACCCCUCAUUGGUAUACCCAUGCAUGGAGACCAGUGGUACAACGUCGAGAAUUAUGUGCACCAUAAGAUUGGCUUGAGAAUUAAUAUGGACACCAUGAGUGAAGAGAGUUUGAGAGAGGCGGUGAAAAAAGUGACUGAAGAUCAAAGCUACCGCCAAAACAUAGUUCGUCUCCGUUCCUUGAUGAAGGACCAGACCGACACGCCUUUAGAACGUGCUGUAUGGUGGACAGAAUACGUAUUACGUCACUCAGGCGCACGUCACCUCCGCUCACCUUCAGCUAACAUGCCGUGGCACCAGUAUUACGAAUUGGAACUUAUUUGUACUGUGUUAGGAGUGAUAUUAGUAUGUUUAUUUGUUGUUGUAAUUGCUUUAGUAAAGUUGGUUAAGGGUUUAAAGAGAGUGUUAGGGUUGCAAGUGAAAGUGAAACGCAGUUGAUGUUUGUAUUUUCCAUCUAAAAAUAGUUAAAUUUUAUAAAUAACUAGCAUCCGCCCGCGACUUCGUACGGGUAGAUCCCGUUUUACCCCCUUACGGAUGGAGUUUCGUAAAAUCCUUUCUUAGCGGAUGCCUACGUCAUAACAUGCCAAAUUUCAGCCCGAUCCGUCCAGUGGUUUGGGCUGUGCGUUGAUAGAUCACUAUGUCAGUCAGUCAGUCAGUCAGUCACCUUUGAGUUUUAUACAUAAUAUACAAUGUGUCCGGGCAUGUAGUGAUCAAACUUUAAGGGCGAAAUCUAGGGACAAUUUUAUCGAUAAAAUACUUCAAAUUUGGGGCCUGACCCAUUUCUCGAAAAAUUACAUGGAUUUAAGUUUUUAUUUUUUAGUUUUCACCUCUUCCUUCAAAAACAAGUGAAAGCGUGGGUAGCUUAACAUUAAUAAGCAAAUAUUUUAUAUCAUGCGAUAGCCAAUAAAAUUAUCUAUUAGUAGAAGAAGAAAACAGACACAAGUUUCAUACAUUUUAUGGGAGUAAGAAUGGAUUUAAUUAGAAAAAUACAUGACUUUCUUCACUUCUUUUUCAGUUAUUUUCCAACACAAGAAAAACCAGGUCGUUAGGGUAUGUUUUAUUUGCAUUGUAUUAUUAGUGUUUGAGCUAUUCUACAAAACGAAUGUAAAUUUAUUAGUCUACGUCUAUUAUUUUCGACGUAAUUGUUGAAAAAAGAUACCCCUGCCCAGCGAUUCCAUAGCGCGGCUAGUAGAUUCCAUAGCCACUAGUAUGUAAUCGGAAUAGGUUGUGUGAUUUUUUCGGGCAGUGCGUUUUCGCAUGUCGCGUGCGCUAUGGAAACCGGUCAUUUUGCGAUAAAUGGGUCGAACCCCAAAUUUGAAGUAUUUGUAUCGAUAAAAUUGUCCCUAGAUUUCGCCCUUAAAGUUUGAUCACUACAUGCUCGGACCACACUGUAUAGAUAUAGAUUUAGAUAAUGUCUCAGGAGAUAAGAUUAAAGUUUAUUUCUUGAUUAUUAUUCACCAUGAGUGUGUGAUUGUGAUUGCUGAUAUUAUUAUAGCUGAUAUAAUGUAAUAAAAACGCUCUGAUGCAUUAUAA